AUGUCCGUUAAUGGAACUGCGACCGUGAAUGGGCACUCAAAGCCAGAGGAGUUUGACGCCAUCAUUGUCGGCGCGGGCUUUGGCGGUAUCUAUCUCCUGCACUCACUGCGUAAAUUGGGAUACAAGGUAAAGGUCCUGGAAGCCGGGAAAUGGUUUGGUGGAAUUUGGUGGUGGAACUCGUACCCUGGAGCUCGCGUCGACACUCACUGGCCGUUUUAUGAGUUCAACGCACCGGAACUAUGGGAAGACUGGACGUGGGAGGAGCGCUUCCCCCGUCGCGAUGAGAUAGUCAGGUAUUUUGAGCACGUUGACAAGAAGUGGAAUCUCCAAAAGGAUAUUCUCUUCGACAACCCGGUCGUCAAGGCCGAUUUCGACGAGAGCUCCAACACCUGGACAGCCGUCACGGACAAAGGGUAUGUCGCAAAGGCACCAUUUUUUCUGCUGGCUACUGGCUUCGCCGCCAAGACAUUUAUCCCCAACAUCAAGGGACUGGAGACCUUCAAGGGUCAGGCUUAUCAUACUGCACUAUGGCCUAAAGAAGGGGUCGACGUGAAGGGGAAGAAAGUCGGUAUCAUCGGUACCGGAGCGAGCGGUGUCCAAGUCAUUCAAGAGAUUGCGCCAAUUGUCGAGCAUCUCACGAUCUUCCAGCGCACCGCCAAUCUCGCCCUCCCCAUGGUUCAGGAGAAGUACGACGAUAAGACGGUCCAAAAGCAAAUUGACGCAAAGAAAGAUUACCCAGCCCUGUUCAAGUACAUCCGAAACACUUUCGGUGGCUUCGACUAUGAAUUUCUGGAUAAAACCUCUGAAGACGACACGCCGGAAGAGCGCAUUGCGUACUGGGAGUCACAAUGGAAGGUCGGGGGUUUCACUCUCUGGCUCCACAACUACAAAGACAUCCUGAAGAACCCCGUGGUGAACCGAGCAAUGUACGACUUCUGGGUGGACAAGACCCGCGCCCGGCUUGCGGGAUUAGAUCCAGAAUUGAUCGAAAAUCUAGCCCCGUUGGAGCCAGAAAAUCCGUGGGGGACGAAGCGACCCUCGUUGGAAACCCACUUUUACGAGAGCUUCCAUCGGAACAACAUCGACCUAUAUAACAUCAAGAAGAACCCGAUUGCCGAGAUCGCACCAAAGGGUGUUAAGAUGACCGGAGGCCAAGAGAUCGAGAUUGAUCUUUUGGUCCUCGCCACCGGCUUCGAUGCGGUGACGGGCAGCCUACUGAAGAUUGACAUCACCGGCGCUGGCGGCCAGAAGCUGGUGGAUAAGUGGGCGGGAGGCACAUACACCCACUUGGGUGUAGCGACCACGGGGUUUCCUAACAUGAUCUUCAUGUACGGCCCUCAGGCGCCAACUGGGUUCGCCAUCGGGCCCCGCAUCUCAGAAAUCCAGGGCGACUGGAUUGUCGGUCUCCUUGAGGAGAUGAAGCGACAUCAUUACACCAAGAUCGAACCGACCCGUGCGGCGGAGGAGAAAUGGAGAAAGAUCAAUAACGACGCAACGGCCGAAACCCUCAUGGUCAAGGCUAAGACCUGGUACAUGGGCGACAAUGUGCCAGGGAAGCCCCGUGAAGCCCUCAACUAUAUGGGCGGGUUGGGACUCUACGAGAAGCUCCUGAAAGAUUGUACCGCAGCUGGCUAUGAAGGGUUCAAACUGAGCUAG